AUGCCUCGCCUAACCCCCCGCCUGCUCGCCUCCCCCUCCUCCGUCUAUACACAAUCCGGCCUCAAACCUCCACCCCUCGCCCUCCUCCCACCUAUCCCCCUCUACCGCCGCCUCCUCCGCGCCCACCGCAAACACCUCGCCCCCGAAAUGCGCCUCCUCGGCGACUCCUACAUCAAGUCCGAGUUCCGCGCCCACCGCUCCGUCGACAACCCCGUCCACAUCAUCGGUUUCCUGACGGAAUGGCAAAUGUACGCGCAGCAAGUCGAAGGCGAGGCGUGGAGGGGCGAGAAGCUGGAUUCGGGCAAGAUUGAUAAGAUGAGCGAUCAGCAGUUGGGGCAAUUGUAUGAGCUGAUGAGUGCGAUUCGGGAGAAGGAGUUGAGUGAGAAUGACCCCGAGUAUAAGCCGCAUGAGCCGCCGGCACCGCCGGGGAGUGAAGGCGAGGGGAGGGGUUGA